UUGGUCAGUACGACUAAUCCACUACCAAACACUUGAAAGCAAAAGGCAACAACUCUUGUCGAUACAUCCCAGGUCACAGACCGCCAUGGCCACCGCUUCAAUCUUCUCCACAGUCAACACAGAUGUGACACAUCUCUUUAACUCCUCUUCCCCGAUCAUCGGGAAGCCAUCUCCUUCAAAUUCCACCUCCGUCAGAUCCACGGUUUCAUUCUCCAGGAAAACCCUAACUCCAAUCCGAUUCUCUUCAACUCCCGCCGACCACUCCCCCGCCGCCGCCAUCAUUUCUCCCACCGCGGAAGGAAUCGCCACCCUAUCCAAGACCUCAUUGAAAUCCCGCCUCCAAGGAGGAGAAACUCUCUACGGCAUGUUCUUGCUCUCCUUUUCGCCCACUCUAGCCGAGAUCGCUGCUCACUCCGGCUACGAUUACGUCGUCGUUGACAUGGAACACGGUCACGGCGGCAUACCGGAAGCUCUAGACUGCAUCCGAGCACUUAACGCCGCCGGUGUCGCCGCCGUUCUUCGCUUACCGGAGAACUGUCCUGUAUGGGCUAAAAAGGCCUUAGAUCUAGGCCCACAGGGAAUCAUGUUUCCGAUGAUCGAAUCUCGCAAGGACGCCACCAAAGCGGUGUCGUAUUGCCGGUUCCCUCCUGAGGGGAUCCGUGGUUCGGCGCACACGGUGGUGCGAGCGUCCAACUACGGAAUCGACGAAGGGUAUUUAGGUAAUUACGCUGACGAGUUACUGAUCAUGUGCCAGGUGGAGUCCGCUGAAGGAGUGAAGAAAGCUGAUGAAAUCGCAGCCGUCGAUGGUGUUGACUGCGUGCAAAUGGGACCGUUGGAUCUGAGCGCCAGCAUGGGAUACUUGUGGGACCCGGGGCAUAAGAAAGUGAGGGAGAUGAUGAGGAGGGCGGAGAAGGCGGUGCUGACGUCAGAUCCAGCGAAAGGCGGGGCCUAUUUGUCAGGGUUCGCGAUGCCACACGACGGACCCGCCGCGAUCCGGGAACGUGGUUAUAACAUGGUGGCCGGAGCUGUCGAUAUUGGGCUGUUCAGAAACGCGGCUGUGGAAGACGUGAGGAGAUUCAAGAUGGGUUUGGUCAACGAAUCGGACGGUGAGGAUUCGUUGGAGAACGGGAAGGACGUUGACGAUGAGAAGUACUGGAGCGAAUAAGCAUGUAAUUUCGUCAGAGUUUCUUAAAAAAUAAAAAUGUGAUUUUGCAUUUACAAUGUUUCGUUUGGUCAGUGUUUUUAUUGGAAACAUGUCACAAAUGUUAACACUUUCAUAUAAACCAACAUGAUCACGGUCGUUAGCUCA